GCCCCAAUUGCUAGUACUUAAUAAUGGUCAACGUAAUAAAAGGCCGGGAUCAACACUUGGUGCAGUUUUCAACCUGUUACUCUCGUGCUGACUAGUCAAUUUAUGUGCAGGUUACCAUCGGCUCAUGUCAGCGGCAUUUAUGCAUGAAAGCCCGGCCGUGCCGUACAUCUAGAAUCGCGCGCGAGGGUUCACCGGUGCACCGUGCACUACCCUUUGUCAUAGCACAGUCAGGAUCGUCCUUUGUACUUUGCGAGCUAGCCUAGAACCAAGCUCCGAGUCCAUGAGGCUCAUGGAUCUUUCUAGUAACAGAGCCUCGCUCAGUCAACGUGUUGUCUGUGCCCUCCAAGUCCUUCCUGACCUGCUCGUUUGACUACUCUACCAUCUUCAUUUACACUUGCUAGCUCGAAUCCAACACCAAGAUCAUGGCCCACCCUGCCAUAUGGCGAGGAAAAGUGUACUUCUAUCCUAUUGGCAAUACGUCUGCAGUUUCCCUCGCACAGGAUCUCUGUCCAACUGAAAAAGCAGACAUGCUGCUUCUUGGGUGCGGCGACCCGAGACAUAUCCUUUACACCGUAUAUACAAACAGCGCUAGCUCGCAAAGUAAAAAAUCACGAAAACUGGAUUUCACUUGCUGUGACAUUGAGAGCGCAGUCAUUGCUCGUAACGUUAUCUUAUUCACCCUCCUUGCCGAUGAAGGCGCUGCGCAGAAAGUGCCACAAAUUUGGAACAUUUUUUUCCACUUUUAUCUCGACAAAGCCUCCCAUGACCUGCUCAUAUCACAGUGCAGGAAAUUGGUCGAGCUAUCCAACGAUCUGGACAGCUGGAACAAUGGUCCUUACGGUUAUUUCCUUCGUAUGUGCACUGGACAUACUCUCGCCGAGUUGCGGCGCCUUUGGCAGCUCUACAUCCAAACGACGACUUGCUCUCCUAGCCAGGCAAAAGCAUUUGCAUUCGCAUAUGCUGCUGAUGUCAAGGCUUGCAGGUCUAAGUCCAAAUUCGUGCUUACUGCAAGUCGGGCAGCUGGGCCAUUGUCGAUGUAUGCGAUCAAGGCGGCGGGUGAUCACUACAACAUUUACUGGGAGACAGGCGUAUGCUCUGCUGUCCCUAAGAGACCCAAAGAGGUGUCACAUCCAAACCCGACCUUAGCAUACUCCAUGGCUGGUAACAAAUUUGCGGUCCACUAUGGAACAGAUCCUCUCUCUUGCUUUCAUUUGGCAGAAGCGCUUGCACCGGCUGUUGGAAGCGCUCGCCAUCCCGAGCAGACGACUCUGAAAGAUUUAGUAAAUGUCUGCAAGAUCCAGUUUUCCAGGUGGUGCACUUCGGUUGCUGAGGUCUUGCGCAGUCAAUGUUCAUCUUCUCCGAGCCCGCUCAUCAUACGUUGCUUUGUGGGUGACGCUCUCAGCUUGUGUCAAGCCCUUGGCUACUACCACACCACGAAAUCCACAUCCACGCCAUUCCCUGUUGCACCUUGGAAGCACACGUGCAUCACAUUUGAUCCUGACACUUACGGAACUCAUAUACAGUCACCCGCACCGACUACAUUCAACGUCAUUGAUACUUCCAAUCUUCUUGAUCACGUCGGCGUGUUGAAUGUCCUCGUUGUUACUUCUCCUCUUCUUCAGCGAACUCCAUCUGCUACGUUGUACACAGAAGGUCUCUCUGGGAGCAGCCCGGAGGACGCGUUGCCACAGCAACUCUGUGGAGAUAUAGCGACUAUUGGUCUGCUCCUCGGCCUCAUUCCCGCGUCCUUUAUUUCGCAGUUUACGAACCGGUCGAAUAUGCAUGAGCUGCUCGUGCGGACCGUGCAAGGGCAAGCAACCCAGAAUCACGAGCGCCUCGCCUGGAAGCUGAUUGGCGGGGCUGAGAAACUCGUGACUGAUUUUGACCACCCCAUCGACAUCUCUCCCGAGCAGCUUGCAGGCCUUCUCUUCAAUGUUUACCUCGACAUGUUUUUUUUUCAGAACACGUUACGAAGUAUGACUAUGAUUAAGUGGUCUUCGUCGUCUUCGUCGUCACUCAAAAUCUCCGGGGUCGUACAUUACCAUCGUCGUUCGUACGCGAAGAUUUUGGGUGUCGUCAAAAGGAGGGUGGUCACAGAAUGGGCCCCGACCAUGAACAUACUUCUUGACAAGAUUCUGGGUGACAGGACCCUUCUGACAGGGAUGAACUUUUACCAAGAUCUCUGCUGCCAACUGCACCUUCUCGGUGUUUUUACUGUAGAUUGGAUGUCUCUGCAAAAGGUGCAGGAGGUGUAUAGCAUUGAACGACCCCCUGUCCUACGCGAUUGGAAAAUGCUCCCGCAAACUGUCUGCGUCGUCCUCGUUAUUCCUCGGGGUCGCCUCCAGCCGCUCUUACCUGCUCUUGACGAGUCUGGAACACCUGUGUUGCAGUGUGACAUAAGGGGAGUAGCAACCUCGAAUACGUUCUCUUGCAUCAACACAGUUUUCGGUACCGUCAAUAUCAGCGGCAAGGGCGAUGGCAAAACUGUAACCAUUAAGGAGGACGCCACUGGACGGGAUGGAACUUCCCCUCUCGUGGUGUGGUUAUGGGUGCCGUCCGUUGUAAUGAUGAACGAGCGUCGUUUGAUGGUCGCAUUAUCUGUUCUAUCCACCCCAGCGACUUGCAUGACACUCCCCAUGAAGCUGGGGCUCGGCCUUUCAUUAUUCAACGCAGACAUAGGAGACGAGCAACUCGUGCAUAUUCUCCGACAGCGUCCUGAUGCUGGUCCAGAGAGUCCCGAGGAGAUGAAUACACAGAUCGGUGGUUGUCGCAUGAAGACGUCUGGUGCACGCACAUUCGUCACCUUAGACAAAGAAUGCAAGAAACCUCUGACAUUCACCACUCGUGCGGAUAUCGUCGAACCGGGGAUGAAAGCUGCCCUGAUCAGCGGUGCUACUCCCAUUGUGAACCAAGUUUCUAUGCAUUCAAUCGCCAUCGUUCUUGGAGGCAAUUCUUUGCGAUUGCAUUUCCCGCUUCCUAUUGAUGCAAAGAAAGCCGAUCUCCGCAUUGUACAAAAGUCGCGAUACAUCGAAGUUAUCUUACCCCUGAAACUUGCUCUUGGAGGAACCGACCUGAUGGACAUGUUCCCUGUUAUUCCGCAGGGAGGCGACCUUGUUCUCUGGAACAUGCACCGCGUCAAUCUCGACCAAUGCACGCCUUUCAGCAUCGCCAACAAGAAGGCUCUCGACUGGCUCAACCCUCACGUCUCCCUCAUGAUGUCCGAGCGUGAAAGGAGAAUCCCGGUUGAAUUGACAACAGGGUCCACGCUGCUGGAUGUCAGGCGUACACUUCAUUUCAUCUUUGGGCACGCAAGUGGUAUCGCGAAUGGCAAACCCCCUCUAUGCUACGCCUUGCGGGAAGGUCAACAGAUCUUUGUUAUUCUCUAUAUCACGAACCUCCGCUUGGACGUCGGAUCGCACGCCAUGGUCGCUGAUGUUUGGGUGAUGCCGUCUUCUCCCUUGCCUGAGAAAGUCCAGGCUUUCGAAAAAGUUUCUAAGCAUGUGAUGUCAAGAAAUAUGAAGACGGUGGCGAUGGGUGUUGAGGAGAGGAAGGCAUGGAUGCACCUCCUCGUGGCCGCGACGGAGCGGUGCCGUACCUGGGAGCAUAAAACCAACUGCGAGUAUCGCAUCCAAGGCGUCAUCCCUCUGACUUUGGAGCCAAAUGAUAGUCCUAUCUGCUCUUGCGGUGCCGGGGUUGGGACAGAGGCGUUUGUGAAGCAAUAUCCGAUGCUUCGACCGCUUGCGCCGUAUGUGACGAGGGCAGCGAUCAGUCCGCUGUUUGCGCUGUCGUACAUGGAAAAGGUCGGUAAUCCGGAGGAUGACGUUACUACUACCAAGGCCCCGCCGACGCCUUCGCUAGGAGCAGCAGUGAGUCAUGUGUGCGCCGCUUGUGGAAAGGAAGAGGGUGCUUCUGGGUCAUUAUUGAUUUGCAGUCGGUGCAAGGCUGUGCGGUAUUGUUCAAAGGGUUGUCAACGCGAGGACUGGAACAGGCACAAGACGUGUUGCGUAGCACCACCUUCCUGA